AUGGAAAUUGUUUGGGAGGUGCUUUUUCUUCUGCAAGCCAAUUUCAUCGUCUGCAUUUCAGCUCAACAGAAUUCACCAAAAAUCCAUGAGGGCUGGUGGGCCUAUAAAGAGGUGGUCCAGGGAAGCUUUGUUCCAGUUCCUUCCUUUUGGGGAUUGGUGAACUCAGCCUGGAAUCUUUGCUCUGUUGGAAAAAGGCAAUCACCUGUCAAUAUAGAAACCAGCCAUAUGAUCUUUGACCCUUUCCUAACUCCACUUCGCAUAAACACAGGAGGCAGAAAGGUCAGUGGGACAAUGUAUAAUACAGGGAGACAUGUUUCUCUACGGUUAGACAAAGAGCAUUUGGUGAACAUCUCUGGAGGGCCCAUGACAUACAGUCAUCGCUUGGAAGAGAUCCGGUUACACUUUGGAAGUGAAGAUAGCCAGGGAUCAGAACAUCUACUUAACGGACAAGCUUUUUCUGGGGAGGUUCAACUAAUCCACUAUAAUCAUGAGUUGUAUACAAAUGUCACAGAGGCUGCAAAAAGUCCCAAUGGCUUGGUGGUAGUUUCUAUAUUUAUGAAAGUGUCUGAAUCAUCAAAUCCAUUUCUAAAUCGCAUGCUAAACAGAGACACCAUAACAAGAAUAACAUAUAAAAAUGAUGCAUACUUACUGCAGGGACUUAAUAUUGAGGAACUUUAUCCCGAGACCUCUAGUUUCAUUACAUAUGAUGGGUCCAUGACCAUUCCACCCUGCUAUGAAACAGCAAGUUGGAUAAUAAUGAACAAACCUGUCUACAUAACAAGGAUGCAGAUGCAUUCUUUACGACUGCUAAGCCAGAAUCAGCCAUCACAGAUAUUUCUGAGCAUGAGUGACAAUUUCAGACCAGUCCAGCCUCUCAACAAUCGAUGUAUCCGAACUAAUAUCAAUUUUAGUUUACAGGGUAAAGAUUGUCCAAACAACAGAGCACAGAAACUACAGUAUAGAGUAAAUGAAUGGCUCCUCAAGUAA